AUGGCUGCAGCUUCCGAGAGGAGAGAGCUGAGCGCAGCCGCGUCCCGACGCCCAAGCGCGUAUCCUGCCGCAGUGCACAAAGAGUCCCGCCACAUCACCGUGCGCCGGCCAGCCCGCCCCCUCCGCCGCCCCGCCGGGAGAGCCGGGCGCCUCCGAAGCCGGAGGGGAGGCGGGAGGCGGGCGCCGAGCCGGGGGCGGGGCGGGGAGGGGCGGGGCUUCGGCGGGACAGGGGCGGGGAGCGCCGCGGAGCAUGCCCAGUGUGGCCGCGGCUCGCUCCGGGAGCUGCGCCGGCUUCGGCCUUCUGCACAGAGAGACCCGGUAAAGGACGGUCGGAAGCUGCAGCCAGCGAGUGGGCGGGGCGAGCAGGCCUGGGAGGGCUCAAAGGCGAGGUGGAAGGAUACAUGAGCCGCGGUCGGAACUACUUUCAGGAGGAGGUCACGUGUGGUCCUAGUUGGGGAACUUUCCAAAUUCCCAUUCCCCUCUGUGUGCUCCUGAGGUAGGAGCUUAGUCCCCUCUGCUCUAUUAGAUGAUCUUCCCCGCCCCCCUCUCCCGUGUGAGCUGCUGGACCCCUCUCUUCCCGGGUCGGAGCGGAGAAUAACACCCACGAGCCGUCCGCAGGAGCGCUGUCGGGGCCAACGCCUGGGGAGCUGGUUACACAAGCAGCCACAUCCAAGCACGUGCCCCCGCCACCCCUCUCUGCUGGCCGCCGCCGGUUUGUGCACGCUGACGCGGAGAGUCCCCAAGCUGUUCCUCCCUUUCGCUUGUAACCCAUAGAGCUAGCCAGAAGGCCGGGACACGAGAGUCCUGAUCUGGAUCUGCCCACACCGCGUGUUCCCACCCGUGGGAGAAGAGGCCGGGCGCUAGUGGGGGGUCGACGCGUCGCCUUCGCUUAAUAAGGUGAACCCUUUCUAGAUCUGUGCUCGCGGGGCAAAAGGGUAUCUCCUGUUGCUGCUGGCUGCUUGGGCUUACUGAUGUUGCAACAAACUUCCAGUCACUGCCCCUGAACUGGUGAGCGCGCCCCACCUACCGUAGACUCAGCCAAGUGACUUAUCUGAGCACCUAGUCAAUGGCUGUCAGCCCAGAACAAACCUGUCAAGUAAAAGCUUACUAGGGGAUUGGCUGACCUGUCGCGGUUGAGAGAGCUGGUUCAGAAAUGCUGAUAACUAAGCGUACAGCCCCUCCUCCCCCCACCAGCCAGCCACAAAGCUAGCGAUCACCUUGAGCUUGGAGAAAAAUGACAUCAACUCCAAUGUAGGCAUCUUGUGUGGCAUUACUCUUGAGUGUCUAAGAAGCUCCGAGAUCUUCCUCUAAAGAAAAAGAAAGACAUUCAUCCCUAAGCUUCCUGAUGCCUAGCUGGAGGAAAGGGAUCCCUUUCUGCUUCCAGAGCAUCACUCCAGAGCACAGGGAUGCAUAUCACCGUGCUGAAGUCCUGGACCGUGACCCCAGUCCACAAUCACCACCAAGUGAGGGAAGAAAGCUGAAAACCAGCUAGCUGCUACCCUGAGCAUCAGGCUCAGCUACUCUCCAGUGGCGAAUGAACAGACACGCAGUGCUGGCAGGUGUGUGGCCCCUCUGACAUCAGCUGACCACGCUGACAACAUCAGGGCUUGUUGGGAAUUUCUAAAUAAACUCCCACUUCCUUUCACAGCAUUAAAUAUGUUUCUGCGCA